UUAUCGUUAUCCUUUCUAGAUACCUGAUUAUUAACCCUCGAGAGUAUAGGAUUGUCAUUAUUGAAUCCAUUGUGUCACCAUUAAAUUUCAGAAACACAUUAGCAAAGGCUCUAUUUAUUCAUUUUUCUGUCCCCCAUGUUUGUUUUUUACCUCAUCCAUCAGCUUGUUUGUUCAGUUUGGGAAGUUCAUCAGCUUUGCUCAUUGAUAUUGGGUUGAAAGAAACUUCAAUAGUUCCAGUGUUUGAAGGUGUGUCAUUAAUUAGAAGUAUUAUGCAAACAACUACAUCAACAAGUUCACUUUACAGUUCACUUCAAUUGUUGUUACGUGAGCAUUGCCAAGUAAAAAACAUUGCAAAUGGAGACAUUCAUCCUUUGUCUGAUAGUAAAGGCUGUUAUAACGUUUUAUGUACAGUAGAAGACAACAAAAACUUUGCGUUCCGUUUACGUUGA